UCCUCUGCUUUUCUCUCUCACUCUUCCCCCUCUCUCUCUUUACAGUGCCUUCCUCCUCUCAAGAUCUUCUCUCGUCUUGCUCUGCUGAGAUCCAUUUUGGCGCAUUUCUCUCCGCCUCGCGUUUGCUCCGCCGCCGCGGCGGCGAAUUUUGGUCUGGUCUGGAUCUCCGUCGCCCUUCCUGGAUCUGAAAAUUGUCCGACGAAGGCACCUGCAUUGCAGUUUUUGAGCUGGGAUUUGGCUUCUUCUACUGUGGUUUGACUUCGAAAUUUCACUGUACUGGCGUUGGUUGCGUGAAUAUCGAUAUGCGAACUCUGAAUUUUUGGGGUGAAGUGGAUGCAGCUUGUCGGUGGCGAGAGGCUAUUCGGAAACCUAAACAGCUCCGGACUGUGCUCCGAGCUCUCAUUGUGGUUUGAGAACAAUGUUUGUGAAUUGCGCUCCGGAGAGACAAUAUGCUCCUUCUCAUUCUUCUUCCUCUUCUCGGCUUGCUUCAUUCUAAUAUCGUGACUGUUACAUCGAUGAGUGUUUCAUUUGAUCUAUUUAUUGCUGUCCGGCGACAACAUUUUAAGCACUUAUCAGCUGCACCUGCACCAUCUCCCGCAUCACUGGUACCAGUUUCUAAUCCUACAGGUAGAAUCUGGCCUAGGCAUCGCCAUCACAGCCAUGGAAUCAGAAGUCAUCCAGUUUCGCCCGUCCCUUCAGCUACUCCAGGUUGUGAUCAAACUUGCCUCGAGCCACUUACUUCAGCUCCAUUUGGUUCGCCAUGUGCUUGUGUCUUUCCAAUGAGAGUCAGACUUCUCCUAGGAGUAUCUGUGUAUGCAAUAUUUCCAGAGGUCACGGAACUGGAGAUUGAAGUUGCAUCAGGCACAUAUCUAAAACAAAGUCAAGUGACUAUAAUUGGUGCCAGUGCUGAUAAUCAAAACCAGGAAAAAACGGUGGUUGAUAUUAAUUUGGUUCCAUUGGAGGAGAAGUUUGACAAUACAACUGCUACCCUAACUUAUCAAAGAUUUUUGCACAAGAAAGUCCCUCUGAACAGGACCCUGUUUGGUGAUUAUGACGUAUUAUAUAUUGCUUACCCAGGGUUGCCUCCGUCACCACCUUCCGGCAUUGUAUCUGGAGAGGGUCCUAGUGCAAGUGCUGGGGGUCAUCAAUACCCUAUUACUGCUGAUUUUGUGGGCAAAAAUCAAAAAAUGAACCCUCGAAUAGUUUUUGUGAUUGCUUUGUCGGCUUUCGUGCUCUUGGUCGUCUGUUUUGCUGCAGUUGCAAUCAUAUUAAACUGCAGGAAGGCAAGAGCACCAUCCAAUGCUGUUGGCCCAGUGUUUGUACCAUCCAUGAACAAAAGAUCCGGGGUAGGGUCUAUGCUAUCAAGUAGUCCUGUUAGCUCAACAUCACCCUCUCUUGUUUCUGCCAUGCCGGCCUCUGUUCUUUCUGUCAAGACAUUCGUACUUGCAGAGCUCGAGAAAGCUACUGACAAAUUCAGCCCCCAAAAGGUUUUGGGUGAAGGAGGGUUCGGGCGUGUGUAUCAUGGGAUCAUGGAUAAUGGAAAUCAUGUUGCUGUGAAAUUACUAACGAGGGACCAUCAAAAUGGAGACCGUGAAUUCAUUGCUGAAAUUGAAAUGCUAAGCCGGCUGCAUCACCGCAACCUGGUAAAAUUAAUCGGCAUAUGCAUUGAAGAAGGCGUACGCUGCUUGGUCUAUGAGCUAGUUCCAAAUGGCAGUGUCGAGUCACACUUACAUGGCGCUGACAGGACUAAGGGCCCUCUUGAUUGGGACGUCCGGUUGAAGAUUGCUCUUGGUGCUGCCAGAGGAUUAGCUUACCUUCAUGAAGAUUCCAAUCCCCGUGUCAUUCAUCGAGACUUUAAAGCUAGCAAUAUUUUGCUAGAAGAUGACUUCACACCCAAGGUUUCAGAUUUUGGCUUGGCAAGGGAAGCGACCGAGGGAAGUCAUCAUAUAUCCACGCGAGUCAUGGGAACUUUUGGAUACGUUGCUCCCGAAUACGCAAUGACGGGCCAUUUGCUCGUCAAAAGCGAUGUCUACAGCUACGGGGUCGUGCUAUUGGAGCUUCUCUCCGGUCGGAAGCCCGUCGACAUGUCCCAAACUCCAGGGCAAGAAAACCUCGUUACAUGGGCACGACCGCUACUCACCAACCGAGAAGGCUUGGAGCAGCUCGCUGACCCUUCUAUAUCCGGGAGCUACGACUUCGACGACAUGGCCAAAGUCGCCGCCAUCGCCUCCAUGUGCGUCCACCCGGAGGUAACCCACAGGCCAUUCAUGGGAGAAGUUGUGCAGGCCCUCAAGCUCAUCUACAACGACGCCGACGAGACUUGCGGCGACGCUUACAGCCAUAAAGACUCCUCCGCUCGGGAUUCCGACUUCAAGGGCGACUACGCCCCCUCCGACAGCAGCUGGUGGAACGCCGGCGGCGCCACCCCCCGCCUCACUUACGGCCAGGCCUCCUCGUUCAUUACAAUGGAGUACAGCUCGGGUCCCCUCGACGGACUCGAAAACAGACUGACCGAGGGUGGUCCUGCCGCUUUGCCGUUAAGACAUGGUAAUAGAUCGGGUCCGCUUCGGACAACCCGGAUUGCGGGGCCGAUACAUCGACUGCAGGGCAGCAUGAGCGAGCACAGCGGCCUGCUCUUGAAGCGCGGCGGCGGGAACACGUAUGAAGCUUCUUUUUAAGAGCCGUCCAUCUUAGCCGUCGGUUGUGGCGGUGAUAUAGGAGAGAGAUCUAUCCGUCCGUCCAUCGUAGAUGUCCCUCUCUUUCAAUCUGGGCCGUCGGAUUUGAUUAAGAAUCAAGAACGUGCCUAUUGUACAUACCAACAUGUCCACCAUUUCCCUCUGUUUUAAGAUUUCCACCCUCCAACGCGCCUUUUUCUUUUCCUAUAAUUAAUUAAUAAAUAACAUGUGUCUAUAUUUUUAUU